AAUCAACAAUGGCGUCGGGCUAUUGUUUAGAGAGAGAGAGAGAGAGAGUCUGAGAGUGAGAGGCUCCCACCUUAAAUCACCACCCCCACCCUCCACACUUAAAUAGCUAAAAAGGGGAAAACUUCAUCCUUUACCCAUCUUCAAGCUUCAAUCGAACUGAACUGAACUGCUAAACUUUCUGGUCUGCGUUUUUCAAUGGAUGUUCCCUUUACAAGCUUAAUUAUAUAAAGUUGGAGUAAGAUUAAAGCUACUCUUACUCACUCUGCCUGCCUGCCUGCCUGCACCAUUCUGCUCUGUUCUUCCUUCAUUGGGAUCAUCUCAUUUCAUUUCUGAGUUUACUUGUGAGUAGAGAGAGAGAGAGAGAGAGAGAGAGAGAGAGAGAGAGUAUAUGUUAGAAAAACAGGAGGUGAGUAAUCGAUCUAUAUAAAACGAACUGCACAGAUUUUGUUGAUUUGACCUAUGUUGUUAGAAUCCAUGGAGUGAGUUUUGAUUUAAGGUUUUUGGAACAGAUUUGAAUUGCAAAAAGUUUGGGGGCUGAAAAAUGAAGAACAUACAUUUGAGUGGUUAUUUGGCUGCCGUAGUUAUAUUAGGCAUUUUAGUCGAUGCCGAAAUAUAUAUGGUGACACUCGAAGGCGAACCCGUUGUAAGCUAUAAAGGUGGAGUUGAUGGCUUCGAAGCCACGGCCGUAGACUUCGAAUCCGAUGAUGUGAAGAUUGAUGCCUCAAGCGAAUUGGUCGUGUCCUACGCUCGCCAUCUAGAGAAGAAACACGACAUGUUUCUAGAUAUGUUGUUCGAACAGGGGACGUACAAAAAGCUUUACAGCUAUCGGCAUCUCAUCAAUGGAUUCGCAGUUCAUGUCUCCCCCGAGCAGGCAGAAGUGCUUGGUCGAGCGCCGGGCGUGAAGUCUGUCGAUCGAGAUUAUAAAGUGCAGAAACUCACAACCCACACGCCGCAAUUCUUGGGGCUCCCGACUGGAGCAUGGCUCACUGGAGGCGGAUUCGACAGGGCCGGAGAGGAUAUUGUUAUAGGCUUUAUCGACUCUGGAAUUUAUCCUCAUCACCCUAGCUUUGCGUCGCAUACAGCCGAUACUUACGAACCUCUUCCGAAAUACAGAGGUAAGUGUGAGGUCGACCCGAACACGAAACGAGACUUCUGCAACGGGAAGAUCAUCGGAGCUCAGCAUUUUGCAGCUGCUGCUAAAGCUUCGGGUGCUUUUAAUCCCGACAUUGAUUUCGAUUCGCCACUCGAUGGGGACGGACAUGGAAGCCAUACGGCGGCUAUUGCAGCUGGAAACAACGGAAUUCCAGUGAGGAUGCACGGGAUUGAAUUUGGCAGAGCCAGCGGAAUGGCGCCGCGAGCGAGGAUUGCCGUGUACAAGGCCUUGUACAGAUUAUUCGGUGGUUUUGUUUCGGAUGUCGUCGCUGCGAUAGAUCAGGCAGUUCACGACGGUGUGGAUAUUUUGAACCUCUCGGUUGGUCCCAACAGUCCUCCGUCGACUACAAAGACAACAUAUCUAAACCCCUUCGACGCGACCCUCCUUUCGGCUGUAAAAGCCGGAGUUUUUGUUGUGCAAGCAGCCGGGAACGGAGGGCCUUUUCCAAAAACGUUGGUGUCUUACAGCCCGUGGAUAGUAACCGUCGCUGCUGCAGUCGAUGAUCGUAGGUACAAGAAUCAUCUCACGUUAGGGAACGGAAAGAUCUUGUCCGGAAUCAGUUUGUCUCCUGCGACGCACGCCAAUCGGACGUUCACCCUAGUGGCAGCGAACGAUGCGUUGCUCGAUUCCUCGGCAAUGAAGCGCAGUCCUUCCGACUGCCAACGUCCCGAAAUCUUGAACCGAAAUUUGGUAGAGGGGAACAUUCUUCUCUGUGGCUAUUCUUUUAAUUUUGUCUCCGGCACGGCGUCGAUCAAGAGAGUAUCGGAGACUGCUAAGGCUCUUGGCGCGGUUGGCUUUGUCCUAGCAGUCGAAAACGCUUCUCCCGGGGCAAAAUUCGAUCCGGUGCCUGUCGGGAUUCCCGGGAUCCUCCUCGCCGAUGUCAGCAAGUCGACGGAACUUAUCGAUUACUACAAUCGCUCCACGGCACGCGAUUGGACGGGGAGAGUAAAGAGCUUCAAAUCAGUCGGGAAGAUCGGCGAAUGCUUGAGGCCGGUGCUCCAUAACUCCGCGCCACAAGUAGCGUUAUUCUCCGCUCGAGGGCCUAAUAUCCAAGACUACAGUUUUCAAGACGCAGAUAUCUUGAAACCCGACAUCCUCGCGCCGGGCUCGCUAAUUUGGGCCGCUUGGACUCCUAACGGAACGGACGAGCCAAAUUACAUUGGCGAAGGCUUCGCAAUGAUCUCCGGAACGAGCAUGGCGGCACCUCAUGUAGCCGGAAUCGCAGCCCUUUUGAAGCAAAAGCACCCGCGAUGGAGCCCCGCAGCUAUCAAGUCGGCUUUGAUGACUACGUCGAUAACUCUCGACCGGGCGGAGCAACCUGUUGAGGCUCAACAAUAUCUUGAAUCCGAGACCAUGUCUCUUGUCCGGGCGACGCCUUUUGAUUAUGGAAGUGGGCAUAUCAACCCCGGCGCAGCUCUCGAUCCGGGAUUGGUUUUUGACGCCGGAUACGAAGACUACAUCGGGUUCUUGUGCGCAACCCCCGGGAUCGAUCCACGCGAGGUGAGAAAAUUUGCGCAUGCUCCGUGCAACUACACGCUAGGCCAUCCGUCGAAUCUCAACGUCCCCUCGAUCGCAAUAUCGCAUCUCGCGGGCACCCGGACGGUGACGAGGACUGUGACGAACGUCGCUGCAGAAGAAACUUAUGUUGUGAGUGCGAAAAUGGCGCCGGAAAUAGCCAUUGAGACGAAUCCUCCGGCGCUGACUCUGAGAGCGGAAGCUUCCGGGAAGAUUUCGGUGACUCUGACGGUGAGGUCCGUCACCGGAAGCUACAGCUUCGGGGAGGUUUUGCUGAAAGGCAGUCGAGGCCACAAGGUUAGAAUUCCUGUUGUCGCCAUGGGCUAUGAUCGAUGAUCAAUCAUAAGGUUCUGUUGGGUUGGGUUCAUAAAUAUGCAAUACGGUACAAUACUAUACCAUACAAUACAAUACACAAUAAUCGAUUGGAUACAGCAAUAUGAUAGAAAUUUUUUGAAUUUUUGGAUUUUUUUGAAUUUUUUGGGGGAGUAAUUAAUGUAUGUCUGAAUUAAGCAGUGCUGAGUCGGAAAAGAUAUAAUA